GUGACAUUGCUUUCUUUCAAUGGAGCCACUCACAUAUGCACACAUAGUGGUGUUUCCAUCACUUCAGAGGACGUUACAUUGACGUUGCGUCAAUCAUAGUCGACACUGAGGACCGAGAGUUUUGAUUCCACUUGGAGUGAAUAUUUCAACAGGAUAAAAGAUGGAGGAGAAGGUUUCAGUGACCCACAGAGCACAAACACGGAAAGGAGGCAAACACUGUCUUCAGGAGCUGAGGAUUGUCCUCCUGGGGCACGACUGGCUGGAGAAGAGUUCAACAGGUAAUACCAUCCUCGGCCGAAAGAUGUUUGACAUCAGCAGAGAUGUGAAGAUGUGCGUCCGGAGACAGGGUGUUCUUGGCGAUGGGCGCCGAAUCAUUGUGGUCAACACCCCUGAAAGGUGGAUCCACUACUCUGUCCGUGACCCUGGCCUGGUGAAUGUGAACAUGGCAACCUGCAUGUCCAUGUGCCCGCCAGGACCUCACGCUGUCCUCAUAGUCAUACCCGUGGACUCUCACCGAGGCAAGGAGUGGACAGUUGAGGGACCUCUGGAGCUGCUUAAUGGCACACUGUGGAGAAACACAAUAGUAAUAUUCACCAGAUGUGAGAGACUGAGGGGAGCGUCUGUGGGGGAUUUCAUUGCAAGACAUCGGUUUCUCAAGGAGGGUUUGGACAAGUGUGGACAUAGGUACCACAUUCUAGACACAAGCACUUGGGGAAAAGAUGAUGACACUCAGGUUGCAGAGCUUUUGGAGAAGAUCGAUGCAAUGGUGGCAGGAAAUGCAAAGGCAGGAGGAGCUGGUUAUGUGACUACAAAUGAGGAAGUCACGAGAAUAACUGAGAGGGAAAGGAAAGCGGUAGAAGAGAGGGCGACUCUGAGGCGAAUGAAUGUGCAAGACGCCAGAAAUACACUCAGAUCUCUCAUGGGAGAGUACCCUCCGAUUUCUAUGCUUCGAAUUCUGAUUGUGGGACCAAAGCAGGUUGGAAAGAGCUCAGCUGGAAACAUCAUUGUUGGUGAUGAAGUCUUUCAAGCCAGACAUCCAACAUCCCAAUGUACUGAGAGACAGGGUGACGUUCACAAAAAGCGAGUCACUGUGGUUGAUACUCCUGGCUGGAAUGGGAGAUACUGCUCUGAGGACACUCCACAGGAAGUUCAACAGCAAAUUACCCACAGUGCAUCUAUAUAUAAUCCUCAUGCUGUCCUCGUGGUUGUACGUAGCGACGAGACCUACACUGAAACCGACCGGCUAAAAGUGGAGGAACACUUGAGCGUGCUCGGAGCUUGGGUAUGGACUCGAACCAUUGUGCUGUUCAUGUGGGGAGAAAAACUGGGCUUCACUCCCAUUGAGGAGCACAUUGAGAGAUGGCCUGCCCUACAGUGGUUGCUUGACAAAUGUGGGAAUAGAUACCAUGUUUUUAAUAACUCAAACAAAGUUGGAGACAUUCAGGUGGGAGAUCUGCUGGCGAAGAUUGAGGAAACUGAGGUGGAAAAUGAUAGUAGAUACUUGCUGAGUAGUUUCAUGAAAGUCCAAGAAAGCAACAGAAAGCUGAAUCAGAGCUCCAAAAUGAUUGCACAACAGCUCAUGAAGGUGAAGGAAGAAAAUGAUCUCCUAAAGCAAACAGUUGAGGAGAAGGAGAGAAUGAUAGAGGACAUGAUUAAGACAGCUAUGGAGAAAGAUAAGCAGAUUGAAACUCUGAAGGUGACAACAGAGAUGGAGAGGGAGGCAGAAGAGAGACGAAAGAAAGACCAUGAAGAAGAGAUUGGUAUAAAAUUAAAGGAGGCUGAGAGGGAAAACAACCAGCUCAAACAAGUCAAUAUGGAGAGACAAAAAAUGAUAACAAGCCUGGGUGAAAGAUGUGCUGAGAAAGAUGAUGUGAUAAAAGCAAUGAAGGAAAGCAGCGAGGUAAAAGAGACAGCGCCAAAGAAACAAGAGCAACAGAUCGCAGCCUUAAUGAAACUAUGUAAAAACAAAGACGAAGCACUGGACCAAAUGAUGGUGGAUCACAAAAGAGAAGUGAAAGAGCUCAAAGAGACAAUUGGAGAGCUGAAGAGAAGCAAUGAAGAUGCAAAGAAGGCGUUGAAAGCCAAUAUUGAAGGGACACAGAUGCAAAUACAGAAAAAAGAAACUGACACUGUGCACCACCACACGAAAACAUUGAUGAACCUCAAGACACUUGUGGAGCUCAGCAGACAACAGAAAUGGCCAUUCACAGUGCCUGCGAAUCACAGUGGAGACACCACUAAACCAAUUACAGAGACAGAACAGAAAAGGCAGGACACUGACACCAUGCGGCCACAUGAGAAGAGAGAGACCAUAAACCAAAUGUGGCAACCUGAGACGUACUCGACUCUGUCAUCGCUGAGAGCUGGAGGUGCUGCGCUGGGGGCUGCAGUUGGGGCGAUUGCUGGCUACUACAAAGUCACUACAGAGUUGAGGGCCCGGUCAGCUAUCGGGGCUGCAGUAGGGGCUCUGCUGGGGAGCUUACUGGUCCAGGGAGCCUGGCCCCAGGAGAAGAAAAUGGGGUCAGACAGCGGCAGCAAGUGAGUCUCUACCAUGAGGCUUCUGAGACAUAUUGAAUGUAAAAUUCUUCAAAACGUUUUGGCAAGAGUAUGCACGGCUAAGGUGUCCAUCUAUACAUAUAUCUAUCUAGAUUUUUGCUUUCAUUCGGAUUUUUUAGAGAUUUGUAAACUUAUCACUGUUCGGUAAUGAUUGGACUCACAACAGCCUUUCACAAGUUUUAAAAUACACAGCUUCUUUGUCACUUUAUUGCCAUAAACCUUCAUUAUUGUCCAUGCACUCACUGCAAGCAAGCACCCCCGCCCCUUUCUACUUUUUUAAUUAUUUUUCUGAGCAGUAACAUGAACAAGAGUCUGAAUAAUCAAUCAGUAUUUCCUGAAACAGAGGUCGAUCCCUCCCUUCCCUCAAACUGGCUGGACAUCGGAGAGCCUUGCAAUGUUGCAGGUUAAAGUUCAAUCAAAAACACAUAGACAAGAGUUCUGAUGAGCCAAAAUAGAUGAUAACAUCUGUGCUGGUUUACUGUGGGCGUAAGGGCUGUAGACUGUAAGGAUUCUGUGAUUUUGAGGUGUAACCUUUUUUGUAGUAUGUGCAUUAAUGAAUUCAGUUUAAAACUCAUGGGGAGUACUGGUCAGCCUGUGAAUACAAUUGUAUAAUGUUUUCUGUAGCAGAAGCUUUGUCAAGUCUGAAUAAAUAACCCUAAAAAAUAAUCAGAGUUAUUUCAUCUUAGCAGAGUUUGCCUUGGAUGAUUAUAACCUCUUUAGAAUGGAUAGAAACUCAAGAGGAGGAGGUGUGGCCAUUUACACAAGAGCUCAUUUUACUUAUA